ACUGAGCAUGCGUGGAAGAGUUUCGCGUUUUGCAUAGUUAGUUGAGGCAACGCGAGAGUAAGUCUGCGCAUGCACGGUCCUGAACGAUGAAGUUAUGUUUAAGAUGGAUCCUGACACCCCUACAAUUAGACCUAGGAGAAUUCAGAACCAAAAUGUAAUCCAUCGCCUCGAACGUCGGAAAAUCAGUUCUGGGAAGCCAGGUUCUCACUGGCACCAAGUUCGCAUCUUCCAUCAGAAUGUCUUUCCUAACUACACGGUGGUCAACGUGGAAAAGCCACCUUGUUUUCUGCGCAAAUUCUCCCCUGACGGGAGAUACUUUAUUGCCUUCUCCUCAGAUCAGACCUCCUUAGAGAUUUAUGAAUAUCAAGGCUGCCAGGCAGCUGAAGACCUUUUAAAUGGAUACGAAGGCGAAAUCUUGGCCAACUCUAACGAUCAGAGGUCUGUGAACAUCCGAGGCCGGUUAUUUGAGCGCUUUUUUGUUCUCCUCCAUAUCACUAAUGUGGCUUCAAACGGGGAGCACUUGAACAGAGAAUGCAGCUUAUUCACUGAUGACUGUCGCUAUGUCAUUGUGGGGUCAGCAGCCUAUCUGCCCGAGGAACCAUAUCCACCUUUUUAUGAAAUUUAUCGUAACAGCGAGUCUGUGACUCCCAACCCACGAUCCCCACUAGAGGACUAUUCCCUUCACAUCAUAGACCUGCACACAGGCAGACUCUGCGACACAAGGACCUUUAAAUGUGACAAAAUCAUCCUCUCGCACAACCAAGGCCUGUACUUGUAUAAAAACAUUUUAGCUAUUCUCUCUGUGCAGCAGCAAACAAUUCACGUUUUUCAGGUGACCGCAGAAGGCACCUUCAUUGAUGUACGGACGAUAGGACGAUUCUGCUACGAGGACGACCUUUUAAUAUUGUCAGCCGUGUACCCCGAAGUUCAACGUGAAACUCAAACUGGAAUGGCAAACUUAUACAAAGAGCCAUUUAUUAAUUCGUUGAAGCACAGACUUCUGGUGUACUUGUGGAGACGGGCAGAGCGAGAUGGAAGUGCUAUGGCCAAAAGGCGUUUUUUCCAGUAUUUUGAUCAGUUGAGACAGCUCCGAAUGUGGAAAAUGCAACUACUGGAUGAAAGCCACCUAUUUAUCAAGUAUACCAGUGAGGAUGUGGUGACUUUACGGGUCAACGACCCAUCACAGGUACAGCCUUCCUUCUUUGUGGUGUAUAAUAUGGUUACCACUGAAGUUAUUGCGGUCUUUGAGAACACAUCCAAUGAGCUGCUAGAGCUUUUUGAAAACUUCUGUGACCUUUUCCGGAAUGCUACCCUUCACAGUGAAGCCGUGCAGUUCCCCUGCUCUGCCUCCAGCAACAACUUUGCCAGACAGAUCCAGCGGCGGUUUAAAGAUACAAUUGUGAAUGCCAAGUAUGGAGGUCAUACUGAAGCGGUGAGGAGGCUUCUGAGCCAGCUGCCUAUCAGCGCCCAGUCUUAUAGCGGUAGCCCUUACCUUGACCUUUCUCUCUUCAGCUACGAUGAUAAGUGGGUUUCUGUUAUGGAGAGGCCUAAAACAUGCGGUGAUCACCCUAUCAGGUUCUAUGCAAGAGAUUCAGGACUUUUAAAGUUUAAAAUCCAGGCUGGCCUUCUUGGGCGACCUAUCAACCACAACGUGCGCAGGCUUGUGGCUUUCACGUUUCAUCCAUUUGAACCAUUUGCAAUUUCUGUGCAGAGGACUAAUGCAGAAUAUGUGGUGAACUUUCACAUGAGACACAUCUGUACGUAGAAGGAAUUCAGAGAUGUAACCUGUUGCCUUAAUCCCGUCCACUUUUAAAUUUUUUUAUACUAGAACCCAAUUCAGAAUGUUAUCCUCAAAAGCUUACAGUGCAAAUUAUGAAUAAAAUACAGGUGCGGUGAAAAUACACCACACUAAUAUGUUCAA